AUGGAUUUAAAUUGUAGAGUGAAAUCAAAACAUGGAAUCCUGUCAUUGGUAGCUGAAAACCCAGUGUUCAUAAAUGAUUUGCAAUAAGAAGCUUAAUUAUUAUAUUAGCAAAUUUUGAAUUAAUAGGAUUCAUAAAACGUCCCCUCCUUACCCGUUUAAAAGAUCUACUCAUAAUCAGGAGCUUGGUAUUGCUCAUUAAAGAACAAUAUAGUCAUAAGUCUAUUAGUUACAUCCUCUUAUCCAAUGCCAAGCGCUAUGCGAUUGUUAAAAUAAAUCGAAGAAUUGUUAAAGAGAUAAAUAUAAAGUGGGAAAUAUGAAUUUCAACCCAUAGAACCAAACUUGAGACAACUAUUAACACAAUACGAUAGAGAUCCUUUUACGGACGAUAAAAUUGAAAUAACUUGUAAGUCAGUUGAUUCUAUCCAAGGAUUAAAUGGAGGAAAAUAUAAGGAAGAACAGCUUCAUGUUAUUCAUCACAAGAGUGCAGAAGUAUCUCAAAUGGCAAAUCAAUUUCAAAAAGGGGCAACAGCAGUUAACACAAAAUAAAAUUGGGCUGCUUACUUAGCCAUUGGAAUAUUUGGAGCCCUUUUAAUUGGAAUAAUCAUUUACAUCUUCUUAUGA